AUGAGUCAUCUCUACUGGAACGGCUCGAAGCUGUUUAACGAUCCCAUUCACGACCAUAUCACGGUCGACAAGACCAGCCUGAGCAUCAUCGACACUUGCGAGUUUCAGCGGCUAAGGCACAUCCGCCAGCUAGGCGUCUGCCACUACGUGUACCCGUCAGCCAAUCACACACGACUAGAGCACUCCAUAGGGACCUCCCAUCUGGCCAAUGAGGUGGUGGAAUCAUUAAGGCGGCAGCAGCCAGAGCUGCGGAUCAAUGAUGAUGACGUCAUGGCGGUUACUCUGGCUGGGCUGUGCCAUGACAUGGGGCAUGGGUGCUUCAGUCACAUGCUCGAUAACUCCAUCUUCUCCCACUUCUGCUCUGGAUCCGAUUGGCACCACGAGAAGCGGUCAGUGGAGCUGGUGGAUCGAGUGAUUGACAACAACAACAUCGACAUUGAUCCUGACACCGUGGCCACCAUCAAGAGCCUCAUUCUACCUGACAAGUCCAAGAGGAAAAGGGACUAUAAGGAGAAGGAGUUUCUAUGGGACAUUGUAGCCAAUGCACGCACGGGAAUAGACGUGGACAAGUUUGACUACCUGGCUCGUGACAGCUACUUCUGCAACAUCAAGUCGUGCUUCGAUCACAAGAGAAUAAUCCAGAUGAUGCGAGUCAUAGACGACGAAAUCUGCUUCAAGUACAGAGAGUUGGAGACAGUGAACGAGCUGUUCUGGCUGAGGGCCAAGAUGUAUCGCAAUGUGUACACGCACAAGACGGUCAAGGCAGUGGAGGCCAUGAUCCUAGAGGCCCUCACCCACGCCAACCACGUCUUCCGCUUUGAGGAGAUUGCGCUCACGAAAGAUCUCGAUAGAUUCUGCCAGCUGGACGAUACGAUUCUGCGGGAGAUCCUGCGGUCUCGGGACCCCAGCCUGGCGAAAUCCCAGGAGAUUUUGAGGCAGCUUGAACGGCGACAGCUGUAUCAGCACUCACCUUCCUCCCUGAACAAUGUCUGCUCCCUCCUUACUGCCUCAUGUCCCCAGAUCACUCCCCCAUCCCAUCUUUACCCCGUCUCCCCACCAUUCAACCCCUCAGUACAUGAACGAGGUCGUGGUCCCAUUGGGCGCUCUUCACCACUUCAAGAAGCUCUCGUUUGCCUCCCCGCACUCUGUCUGCUCCUGUUUGACCUCCUCCCUUCGCCCCCUUCCCCUCCUCCCUCCCCGCACUCUGUUUGCUCCUGUUUGACCUCCUCCCUUCGCCCCCUUCCCCUCCUCCCUCCCCUCCAGUACAUGAACGAGUUUGUGGUGCCGGUGGAUGCGCUUCACCACUUCAGAAAGCUCACAGUAGAUGAGCUGCUGCGGCAUGUGAGUGUGUGA